AUGAAUAUGAAACAGCCUCACGAACUCGCGCAUCUCUACGACGCCCAGAUCGACGCUCAUUUCGCCCAGAUACGUAUCCUGCGGGAACGGCGCAAUGCUGACUGUAGUCAGACCAGAAGGCUACCCCAGGAGAUAUUUUCCAGGAUAUUCAGCAUCCUGCGCACAUCCUGCUACCGAAGUCGAUAUCCGCACCUGGAGUGGAAGGCGGUCACGCAUGUCUGCCGCACUUGGCGCAACAGCGCGCUGAACGAGCCUACGUUGUGGACUGAUUUCAUCAAAGUGCAUCCCAACUGGGUCCGAGAAAUCUUUGCAAGGUCCAAAGCCGCACCCUUGCGUCUGUGCUAUCGAGACUACGGAUAUCCACCCGAUGUCCUCAACUUCAUUGUCGAAGCUUUAGUCAGGUCGCCUGAGCGAAUCAAAGAGUUGCGGGUCUUCGAAUAUGGCGAACACUCCUUCAUUAGCCGCCUAGUCAAGCCGGCUCCCUUUCUGGAAUCUCUCGUUGUCGAGCUCGGCACGCCCGUAGAUCUCCCUCUGGACUUCCUUGCUGGGGUCGCACCACGGCUGCGCUCCAUCAAAUGCACUGGGAACUUGCCGCUAGAAGCGAGCUGGCUUGCCAGCCUAAGAAGUCUGGACUAUUCUGGGGUGUUGCAUAUCAAAGCAAGUUGGUUAUCAAAGCUAACGUCUCUACGUCUUGAGCGUGGCGCCACCUGCAGUAUGAGCAUCGACACUCUACUUUCAGCUCUGGAGAACACGCCCUUACUGCAGUGUUUGCACCUCGUUGCUUCUUCUGGCACCGACGAUGCCCCCUGUCAUCGUUCGACGCCAGUCCACCUCCGCCACCUAGACGAUAUUACUUUUGACUUGGGUUGUAAACCGAGUAUAGCCAAAUUAUUCAUGCAUCUCCGAGUGGACAACAUCGAGAAGCUACGCACUUCGUGGCCGUACCAGUUUGGAGAUAUCUCAAUGAUAGAGCAUGUGUGCCACUUCUUCAAUACGUGCUACCGUGGUGAUCGUUUGCAAUACGUCGCAUUCGACUCACAGCUGGGCCUGGAGAUGCACAGGUGUAUUGACUUGACUGGCCCUACGGUGCAUACACCCAGCCUAGUCUUUCAAUCCAGUUGGAGCGACCCAUCGAUCAUUGUGAAUCUACUUCCACAAUGUGUCCCUCGUGUCCUCUCAACAAGUCUUUAUCCUGAAGUUAAGUCGCUCGUGCUUACGGGAUGUGACACCAUUGAAGAGCUCCGCAUUUCCUCUGGAUACCCGCACUGUUAUCAUUUUGAAUCAAACGAUGCCUCCUCCCGGCCCUAUCCAUCGCUCCAGCGGCUGCGCAUUGGAAGAGCAGUCGACGGUUUAGACCGAGAAGAGGCUUCCCAACUAAUAAGUUGGCUUUCUCGGCGAAAUUCAAAGGUCGAGGUGGUUAUCAGAGAGCGUGGCAUUUCGAGGGAAGCUGCCGAGUCUCUGCGGGCUGUGGCGCUCCUCCGGUUUGAAGCUGCGGCCGCACUGUUGUAA